CUUUGAAUGUAAAAAUAUUUUCUUGAUUUAUUGCUUCCCUUCUAAUCUUGUCUGCAUUAGUUUUGUUUGUACAAAACCUUUUUAACUUAAUAUAAUCAAAAUUAUCUAUUUUGUGAUCAAUAAUGAUCUCCAAUUCUUCUUUGGUCACAAAUUCCUUCCUCUUCCAUAGGUCUGAGAGUUAAACUGUUCUGUUCUUCUAAUUUAUUUAUAAUAUCAAUCUUUAUGUCUAGAUCAUGAAACCAUUUUAAUCUUAUCUUAUCAUAUGGUGUUAGUUGCAGGUCAGGCCUAGUUUCUGCUUGACAAAUUUCAAAUUUCCCCAGUAAUUUUUGAGAUUUUAAUGUUCUAAUAAAUUAAAAUGUGAGAUUUUAAGAUUCUAAUAAUGACCAAUUACAUCUCUAAAGGACAAAUGUUGGAGCAUGUCACCUACCAUCUGACAGAGAGGUAAUGGACAUAAGAUUAAAAAUGUUUUUGAACACUCUCACCAUUGGGAUUAAAUUUGAAUCACUAUGCUGGUUAUAAAAGUUGUUUUUUGUUUUUGUUUUUGUUUUUGUCCUUCAUUCUGUUCAUUGAAGUAGGUGAUUCAUGGUAUGCCAAAUAAAUUAUCAAUAGUAAUUAACAAAAAACUUAGAUUAUUGAAACUUUUUUGAAAGCAAAGAAAAUAAGCAAAGAAUUGUCAGAAGAAAACAAAUACAAUGCCUGCCUUCUUAGUGGGUAUAGGAUAAAGGAAAAAAAGUAGAGCAUUUGAAACUUACAAUUUAAAAAUAAUACAAUGUUAAAAAUAAAGAAUACACUAUUUUUUUUUUUUUUUAAUGAGAACAUUUGCUGAGAACUCUCUCUUUUUCUCUUCUCAUCUCACAUUACCUAGAUAACUUCUGCCACCAUCUCUUUCUUGACUUUUGUCUCAUGUUAUGAAGUGGUACUUCUUAUUGACAAGGCAAACAUCAUUAUAUGAACAAGUGAUCCUAUUCCACUCUGUCUUCUAUAGAUAAUUUUCAUCUCUAUGACCACAUUCCCUCUUACCUGUAAUUUCUUGAUGUACAUUGGCUGCUUCUCUACUGUCUAUAGAUAUGCCCAUGUCCCCUCCACUCUUUCUCUCUCUCCUUCUCCCUCUCCCACUCCCUCCUGCUCCCCUUUUCCCUCCUUAUCCUUUGUCUCUCUCACUCAGUUUGUCUUUCUGUCACUCUCUCUCGCUCUCUCACUCUCAUAUACAAAUUCACACAUACACACAAACACACACAAACAUAUACACACAUUUCUCCCUUAAUAUAUUCAUUACUUCUAUUAUCCCACAUAUCACAUCUUUCUUGCUUGUGUCUAGACUGGAGAAGCCAAUAUCCAAAACAUCUUCACUUUCUUUCUUCUCAUUAUUCUUAAUAUAGAUAUGUAUAAUCUAAUUUAUCAUUCAAACAAAAUCAUUCUCUCCAAAAUUAGCAAUGAAUUCUUAAUUGCCAAAUCUAAACAACUUUUCAGAUUCCAUAUUAUUAUUGAUUUUUUUUUUUUUUUUUUUUUUUAGCAAUUUUGGACAAUGUUUAUCACCUUCUUCUCCUUGGUACUUUCUUCUCUCUAGGUUUUUACUACUCUACUCUCUUCUGAUUACUCUUCAACACAUCCAACAGCUUAUUCUCAUUCUCCUUCAUUUUGCAGAUCAUGCUAGCAAAUAAUGCAUUUCCCCAAAGUUCUCAGUCCUAGAUUUUGUUCUCUUCUCUAUUUAUCCUAUUUUCAUUGAUGCUCUUAUCAGCUCUUAUAGAUUCAAUUAUCAUAUGGGGUAUGCUGAUGAUUUUAAAUCUAAUUAUUCACUCCUAAUCUCUCUGCAGGUUUCCUGUCUGGUAUUUCUAUUACACAUAACAAUUGAAUGUUCUAUAGCUAUGUUAAACUACUUGUCCAAAAUUUAAUUCGUUAGCUUUCCCUGUUACCUCUCCCCAAACCAUCCCACUUUCAAACUUCAUUAUCAAGGACAUUUCCAUCCUCCCAUUUUCCCAGGGUCAAAAUCUUGUAGUCAUCCUCUCUUGUCUCUUACCGUGGGUAUUCAAACUAUUACCAGGGUUUGCCAAUUUCAUCUUAUGAUAUCUCUCCUUGUAUCUCCUCUGAUACAAUCACUAUCUUGAUGUAGGAUCUAAUCAUCUCAUUUCUAGAUUAUUGCAACAAUAUAAUGAUUCGAUUUUGUGCCACAAAUCUUUCCACAAUCCAGUUGGUCCUUCACUCAAAUGUAAAAGUUUUUUUUUUUUUUCCUAACACACAUACUUUAUUAUAUUAUUCUCCUGCUCAAUAAAGUCACAUGAUCCCCUAUCACUUCUAAAACCUUUGACUUGGCAUUCAAAUACAUUCAUAAUCUAGUCUGUCUCUCCCUCAUCCCUAACAGUCUUCUUAUAAUUCAUAUCCCCAUAUGUACUCUUUAGUUUAGUCAUCCUCAUUUCCUUAUUUUCUUCCAUGUUGGUAUUUUUCUUGUUGUUAUUGUUGUUUUUCAAACAAGAUCCUCCAUCUCCUAAUGCCAGGAAGUUUCAGUGGUUAUCUUGCAUUCCUCUAACGCUCUCUCUUCUAUUUUUUACCUCUUAAUUUCCUUUCAGUGUCUGCUAAAAAUAACACUUUCUAUUCAAAGUUCUUAAUAAUCCCUCUUAAUUUUAAAGAUUUAUCUUGUGAAUAUUUUGUAUACAUAAACUUUUUUAUCCAUAGUUUUUUUUAAUGGUUGUCUCUCCCAAUAGAUUGUGAGCUCUUCAAAGUUAGGUACUGAUUUUUGUUUGUUUGUUUGCUUUUUGUAUUUGCAGCCAUUGGCAAAAUGAUUAAUUCAUAUGUGGUUGCCUAAUAAAUGUUUCUUUGACUGACAUUGCUAGCUACUUCAAGCAAAUAUAGAAAGCAUAAAGAACAAGCUUUGUUUGUUUGCUCUCAUGAAGUAUUUUGUUUUCUUUUGUUUUACUUUCUUCCAUUUAAGAAUAUCUGUGUCUUGAAAAUGAUAUAAUUAAUUUAACUUGAGAUUGGCAGGCUAUCAACAUCCAAUGUCUGUAGUUCAGGUACUCCUUAGAUAGAGAAAUGUCAUCAAAAACAGAAUAUUUUCAUCAUGUCAGAAUUAAUUCUUGUAUAAAAUUGAUAUUGUUUAUGGCUUUAAUAGUUCAAUGGAACUUUUAAAAAUUAAUUUAAUUUUUAAAUACUAUUCUUUUAUUCUGAAUUUAACCAUUAGACAUAAUAUUUCAGCACAAACAAGAAAAUGAAAAGAAUUCUUCUACAUGAAACUAUGAAUCUCCAUUUUUAAUCCAUCGACUAUCUUGAUUGUAGCAUUAUAUAUGAUUAUAGAUAGAUUUGGUUUCUUUUUCUGAUGAUUUUUUUGUGAAUAUCUUUUAAUAAUAUACUAAUUGGGGAAUGGCUAAUGAGAAAUUAGGUCUUUACAAGAAAAAUUUGCUUAAAUAAAUUUUUAUUUAUCAUUUUCUAUGGUACAUUUUAGAACAAUAUAGAUUACUUGAUUAUCUCUUUUAAGUAGGCUUAUUUUUGCUUUUGUUUUGUUUGAAAUCAUGAUUUUUUUUUAAUUUUAGCUGAUGAAUACUGGAUUCUGUUUCAGCUUUUUAUUUUGCCUCUUUCUGUUUCAUGUGUGUCUCUUGUAAAUGGAGUAUUGUUGGAUUCUGAUUUCUAAUCUCUUCUGCUGUAUGCUUUCAUAUUUUGGAUAAGAUCAUCCUAUUAGUCGUAACAUUUGUGAUUACUAAUUGUCAAUUUCACUAGGUACUGUUUUUUUUUUUUUUCUUUCCUCUUUGCUUCUUUCUUGUCUUCCUUCCUUCAUUCUGUCCUCCUCCUCUUCUUGCUCCUCCUUUUUUCCCUCUCUCUCUUCUUUUGUUUUUAUCUGUCUCCCAUCAGAAAUAUAUUUUGCUUCUAACCACUGCCCCUUCCAUUAUUCCAUUAUCAUCAGGAGAUGAUAGAAGAAUUCUUUCAAGUUCUACUUAAUCCUCUGGUUCUACGAUAUUAGAACAGUUUUCCUUGAAACUUUUUUGAAAUAUUAUGUGCAGGUUAUUUCUUUGAACAUGACUUUCAGAUAAUCUAAUAAUGCUAAAUUAUUUCUCUUCAUUCUAUUUUCCAAGGCAUUUGUUUUUCCAUUUUUCCUAUUUUUUUUCAUUCUUUUGACUUCAUUUUAUUAUUUCUCUGUGUCUCAUGGAGUUAUUUAUGUUCACUUAUCCAAUUUUAAUUUCUGAGGAAUCAUUUUAUUCACUGAGCUUUUGUACCUUUUUUUCCCCAUUUAGUCAAUUUUGUCUUUUAAAAAAUUCUUCAGUGAAUUUUUGUAUCUCUAUUUCCAUUUGUUCAAUUCUGAGAGUUUUAGGGGAAGAGGAGUUGUUGGGGGGUUAUUUUCUUCAGCCUUUAUGUGUGUGCUUCUCUUGCCAAGUUGUUAAUUCUCUUUGCAUAAAUUUCCUUUAUCACUUUCAUUUCUUUUCCCAUUUUCCUCUCUAAAACUCUCAUCUUUUUCUUUUACUAUGCCAGGAAUUCUUGGUGGGUUUUUGUCUAAUCAGCAUUUUUGAGACCUUUUUCUUCUUUUGGGUUUAUAAUGGUCAUUUUUUUUUUUUUUUUUUUUUUUUUUUUGCUCAUUUGUUCCAGUCUACUUCUUAACUUUGAACUUUUUGUUCAAAGCUGCAUUCUGUUUACUUAAGGAUGGGGAAGCAUUGUCCUAACCUUCAGGCAUUUUUGUCCUUCUAUUUUCAGAGCUUGUUUUGGGGAUCUGUAAAUUUUUGGUGCUUCCAGAGCAGUAUUGAUGAAGGGACUCCAAAACUCUCUGAAAACUCCUUCAAGGAGAAAUUUUCCUUGAAUACUCCUCUUUGAGACAACCCCCCCAAGGAACUAAGAUAAAGUAGUUUAUCUUGGUAGAACUAGUUGAAGUAUUCAAUGCCAAGAUAUUUUUUACCCUAUUGUUGGCUCAAAACCACUCCCAGGAAGUGUUCUCAUAUAGGCCUGGGGGCAGUGACAGCAUUGAGGGAAUCUCAUUCAAUUGAACCUUCUGUCUCAGAUUUCCUUAUCAAAAUAAUAACUUGAGGCUCAAUCCUUGCAGAGGACCUAAUAUGCCAUGCCAAGGAAACUCUCUCUGUUCCUGGCAUAGCAGUCUCUGCCCGGUAGAAUAAUAUUCUCUUUCAGCAUUACACUCUCUUUAUCUCCCUCACCUAUUUCUCUGCCAGGACUCCUCCACUACUUUACUCUCCUGUUGGGACCUUGCCACAAAGGAAUUCAGCCUUUCUAUUCAUGCAUAGCUGACUUCCCAAUGCCUAUAAUAAACUUCUUUUUAUCAGUCUAGCUUUUAGGGUUUGUAAAUUCCUUUACAAAGGAUUUCUUCACAGCCAGAAGGGGGGUUCCCAAAACUUCCUACUCAUGUGCUGAAUCCCAAGGGGAUUUAGGGGAGCCAAACCUCUUCAUUUGGUUCCCUGGACCCUGAACUUGCCACUAACCUCAUCAUUUAACUCCCUGACCACCAGAAACUCUAAUCUCUUAAUUUUUGGUUUCCUGAAUCUAAUCUCAUCAUUAUGAUCCUGGGACAGGCAUGGUCACUGCUCUUCUGGUCUUCACUCUAAUCUUUACCUGGAAAGCUCUGCUGUUCCUCUCAAACUAAAAUUGUUAGUACUCCUCUUUGCUUUGGAACUAUGAUCAGGGACCAUUCUCCCUGCAGAACAAUCACCAGUGCUCCUCUCUAGUCUGGAGUUGUGACCCAGAACUGUGUAUGGAAAACUGAGUUGCCAAUCAUCACCAAUUAUACCCAAUUCCAGCAAAGUAUCCCCUGUCAUCACUUGCUGACUAGUUAUUUUACCCUAUUACUGUUUCUGGGCUGAGAGUUCCUGAAACAGCAGUAUCAACUGCUGCUGCUACCUCCAGUUGUGUGAACUCUGGACAGGCCUCCACUCCCAUGUCAGAGACUUCUCCUAGUUAUUUCUUAAAUUUUCCCAGGCUGGAAAAAUGCCUCUCUCUAAGCUUUUGGUAGUUCUGUCACUACAAAAUUUUAUUUGAGACAUUAUUUUAAAGAUGUUUCCUGGGAAAUGUCAGGAGAGAGAGGGUGGUUGCCCCUAAUCUGCUAUCUUGGUUCUGCCCCUAAUCCUGCUCAUGACUUCAUUUUUCCCUCCAGUAAAAUAUGAGAUAAAGUUCUUAACUGAGAUCAAGGGGAAGAGAUGAAAGGUUUGAGAGGGGAUAACAUGUUUUGAGAGAGUUUGUGUUCAGUAUAUGAGUUAAUUAGGGACAUUUUUAAAAUUGUCUAGUAGCAGAGAGGCCCCAGCUGAAGUUUUGUAACAAAUUUGUAUGGAAUUCAAAAGUUGUAUGAUUUUUUUUUUCCACCUUCAUUCAGUAAGCAAGUGUGUAGGUGAAGGCAAUGAUGGAUGGUAGUGAUAUAAGGCAGAGGCUUGACAAGACAAAAUGCAUAAUAUGCUAAGGUGGCAGAGGACUCAAGAGGACAUCAUUGGAGUGGUUCACCAAGAGUUAAGUUGGGAAAAGGAGAGUGUUUUUAGAGCAGGAUUGAUGGCCUGGGAGAAAAUUUCGAAGUCAAGAAAUUGGAAAUCACUUUAUAGAUGAAAAGAAAGGUGCGAAUUUGGAAGAAAUUAGAAGUGAUUUAAAGCCUUUAGAUUUUUUCAGGUAAAGGAAUUUUUAAAAUUAUGAACACGGAGGUAGUGCAUUUAGAGGUGAUACCAAGUUAAAAGGACAUCUUUCCGUCUGGCUAAAGAGGGGUAGAAAAUUAAGUCAUGAAAAAAGAGCAUGCGAAACAAUUGAAAAAUUAGAGUAGUUGAGGGAGUGUCUAUGUUGAAGUUCCCUAGUAUUAUUACCUUCUGAGAUGUGAAGGAUCCCAUUGGUAUGGUACUCACCCCUACUCCCACCCACAACUACCUAAACUUGGAAACCAGACAGAUGACAGAUGGAGAUCAAUCAGGAAAGGAGUGAGGUUAGAGUUUAAGACACAAGAGUAUCUAGUGGAAUAGGGUCAGUCAGAAUAGAAGGGGUAACAGAUACAUUUUCUUUCUUUCCUUUUUUUUUUUUUUUUUUUUAAUUUGUCACUAUGAUCUUUAAAGCAGAAGAUAGUGCAUAAUAGAAAAGGACACAUUCCAUUACUUAAAUGCUUGCAGGGGCUCCCCAUUACCUAUUACAUAAAGUUCAAACUCAUCUAGCCUUCAUUAUUCUCCACAGGCUCAAAACUUUAUCUCAUUUCUCAAAUAGCUUAAAUCUAGUCAUCUGGGGCUCCUCCCUAAUCCCAAAUACUUGCAGUUUGGUUUAUUUAACUCAUUUCCAAUACCCCAAAUGCUCUCCUCCCACUUAACCUAUUAGUAUUCUAAGCAAUAAUCCCAAACCUACCUUAAAUGUUAUCUUCUCCAAAGCCUUAACUGAUGCACUUUAAAGAAUAAUCUUUCUCUGUAGGCGUGGGCAAGUAUUUAUAAACUAACUUGUAUUAUAGUUAAUUUGCAAAUAUUCUGUCACUUUUUCAAUUCCCUGAGGGCAGAGCACUCUUUAUAUCUAGUUUCCAUCCUCACCCCACCCCCAAUUUCCUUUACUCGUUGAAUUUAGUAAAUUGUGUGGAGUAAAUGAACUUCACAGACUAGCUCACAUAUGGAACUUUAUGUUGAAUAAGGAUACCCUCCUUUGUUUCUUUUCAAAAGCAACUGGGACAUCUGUUAUAGUUAGGUGCCUAAGAAAAAGCAAAUCAAAAGAAAGAGCAUCAGAUCAAAAGGGGAAAGACAUAUGCUGUGGGGAACAGAGGGAUGGGGUUUAGGAAAACAAGAUCGAGUCCUGGGUUGGAAAAGUGGAAAAAAAAAUGCUACCAACUUUUCUUUUACAUACAAACACCUCUCCAUCAUACCAGAGGGCAAGCGGGAUGACUGAACCUGACAGUGCAGCUGAUAAAUCUUUUGCCAGCAACAGCUGCGGAUAGGAAACCUAGGAGGAGUUAAAAAUCUGACGCCUUCUAGAAAAGGACCCCUCCUUCCCUGCUAUAAAAAGAAAAACCACAUGACAUGGUUUGGGGGAGGGCGAGGUGACAGAGAAAGUAAAGGCUUGGUGGGGGAUGGGCAAUGAAUCUUCUAGGAAUUGUCCAGUAACAGCUCAGUAAGGAGCCUAGUAAAUGAGAGAGAAAGAGUUUGUGUCCGAGACCCCACCCCACCGGCUGUUGCUUGCCUUGUCAGGCUUGGGGGACUACAGAGUUAUAAACCUUUCUCUAAUCUAUCCUUGGCAAAGCCCGGACAGUGACGCGGCCGCCCUUUCCUCCCUCUCUCCCUCCUUUUCUCCUCCCCGCCUCCCUGCAGACAGGAGGAGGGGAGAUGGGAGGAGUAAGCGAGCUGGGCAGAGCUGGAAACUGGGCACUGCACACAGUGAGAAAGCUAGAGAGCUAAGCGCUGGAGAACUGGGCAACCAAAGCUUCGAGGUGCCGAUGCCGCGGUUUCCUUCAGUGGCUGCAUCACCUGGAAUAGAAGCAAAAGGACACUUCUCCACCCUCUAUUACCUUUCGCAGCUGCAGCAUUCCUGACCAUUCUUCCAAUCCAAGCUGCUAGAUUUGGGGGGUGGGGUAAGGGAAGCAGGAAGGAAAGUGUAACUCUUAACAGGAUUGGCUUGUUAUUUUUAUGAUUAUUUAGUGGAGUUUAAUUUAAUUUAAUUUUGUGCGUGUUUUCGCCCUACAUCUCCCGGAAGCGGUAUUUCAUUUUCUCCUAAUCCCAGAGGGGGCCAGAGUUGCUGGGGGCCAGAUUUGGUAGCGGCUCCCCUGGGCAUGGCUUCAGCUGGCAGCGGGAUGGAGGAGGUGCGUGUAUCGGUGCUGACCCCGCUGAAGCUAGUGGGGCUGGUAUGCAUCUUCCUGGCUCUGUGUCUGGAUCUGGGAGCGGUACUGAGCCCGGCCUGGGUCACAGCGGAUCAACAAUAUUACCUGUCCCUGUGGGAGUGCUGCCGGAAACCCGCCAACGUAGACAUCUGGCACUGCGAGUCCACUCUGAGCAGCGAUUGGCAGAUUGCUACAUUGGCCUUACUCUUGGGUGGUGCUGCCAUCAUUCUCAUUGCCUUCUUAGUUGGUUUGAUAUCGAUCUGCGUGGGAUCUCGGAGACGUUUCUAUAGACCAGUUGCUGUGAUGCUUUUUGCAGCAGUUGUUCUACAGGUGUGCAGCCUUGUCCUCUACCCAAUCAAAUUCAUUGAAACCGUGAGCCUGAAAAUUUACCAUGAGUUCAACUGGGGUUAUGGUCUGGCUUGGGGUGCAACUAUAUUUUCAUUUGGGGGUGCCAUCCUUUAUUGCCUGAAUCCAAAGAACUAUGAAGACUACUACUAGAAACAAGUCUCCAAAGAAAAUAUAAACAAAGGAUUAUUACAUCUUUUCUAAUAUGGUUUUCUAGAACAUUUGCGAAGCAUCAAAGCAGUUUGAUCUGUUGACUUACAAUCCUCUGCCCUUUGGCUGCUGACAUUAUAAACAGCUUUUACAUAUGUUUUGGGGACCUGCAGAAAUUAAGAGAACUGAUUAAACUUAAGCAAAUGCUGCAAGCUUCCUAUAUGUUAACAUCAUUUUACUUGACAAAUGAAGGAUCUAUGUGAAAGGCCAUUGCAGGAAAACUAGUGGGGGAAAAAUGCCAGUAUCUCCUCUUGCCUGUGGGGGAGCAGCUGGCAGAAGCUCCAUUUCAGAAUUUCCUAACAAGGACAAGCAAGCAUUUAGCUGUUAAUAGUCUUCUUUUGCAAGCUUAUCCUACCCAAUCACUUCAUUAGUCUUUAGUCACUAGCUUAAUAAUUUCUUGAAGAAUGAGCUUCCUUUUAGUAUCUACCGAGGGUAAUGAAUGUGACCAGUUAAUGACUCAAGUUCCACACUGAAGAAUCUUCUUAGUGAUGGGAGUUUAUGCAUUGGCAAUCACCAUCUCUCUGCUAGUUGUGGCAGAGCAGAGAAGUCAAGACUUGGAGACAUUUGCUUUUAAUUAUGUGGUUAAGAGUUGUGCCUCUGCCAUAGCUAGCAUAAGGGGAAAAUGGAGGGCCUCUCCUUUUCCCACAGGCAAGCAGAAAGGAGAAAAAAAAAAAUGCAUGGAUUGCAUUUGUCCUAAAUAAGCUCUCAGUCAUUUUACAAAUAUCGCAGUAAGGAAAUGUGCACAUCUAACAAGUCUAAUUAUUUUUAUAGAAGGUGAUCAUUUAGUACAAAUUGCAAUGAUAUAUAUCCCAACUCCCUUGCACAAAGACUUCUAUGACAUAAAACCCAAUAUUUCCUAUAACAAAGAAGUUUGAGCACUAACCUAGUGCACCUUGUUAAGCAUCUUGGACUGGUACCCCCCUUUUAGCUGAUUUGCCAAAAUCCAUCUGCUUAAGUUAUUUGCUGUAUGCUCCCUUCAAGAUGUCAUUAUCAGGAGAAUUUUCUUUGAGUUGUAGGAACAGAAUGUUAAACCUAAAUGGGGUGAAUUAUAAAAUGAAGUCCUAAAGUAGUUCAAAGUAGAGUAGAUAUUAGGAUUACAGUUUUUUCUUUAACGCCUUUAAAAUAGAAGCUGCUCUUUUCAUUUCAGGAACCUCAAAUAUCUAGGUGCUUUUUUUUUUUUUUUUCUUAAAAAGCAGAGAGAAUUAUAUAUAGGCUAAAAUUAGAGGACUGGAGUUCAUCUGAUAAUUAUAUUGUCCUCUGAAUGUAACCAAUUGGCUGACAAUUUCAUGCCUUCAACUAUUCUAAUACAUAUUUAAAGUGCCCCAAUUUUAAUCCUUCAUAGACUGUUUAAGUUAAGGGAAGUGCCAACAGAAGAAGUAGAUUUGCAACAAAGUUCAUGUUGCAAAUUACUAUAUUUAUUUCUGUUUAAUGCUUUCUAAUUUGGGUACUUAAAUUAAUUAUAAACAUAUUUUUAUAUCAUAUAUACAGUUCUAAUAUAAAAGUUAAAAUACUUAUUUUUGUUAACAAAGACAUGGAAAUGAUAUGUACUAGUUGGCCCUUUUGCCGGAAGAGACAAGGAAAAUCUUUUAAAAUGCUCCAGUGUGCUGUUGUGUUCCUGGUUCCACAGAGGGACUGUAGAAUCCAUUAACAGCAUGACUACAUCUUAGUAUUAAAUGCAUUGGUCACAGCUCACAAAACAGGGCCCCUGCUUCCAGCUUGUCAUUGUUUAAGUGCUGUUGCCAAACAACAAAAGCCCAACCCACCACAACUCUCUACUUUCCUGUUUAAAUAAAGAACUUCUGUUUGUUGAAUUUUCCAGUAUGCAUCUUGCAGAAACACAAAUGAAAUAAGAAAUGAGAAGACUUAGUCUGUUUCAGCAAAAUCAACCAAACUGGUUAAAAGUGCCUCAGGAUGACAUUCUUUGGAAAAUUUUAGGAGAUGGAAGAAAAUUUAGUUUGAUUUCCAUGAAAGGCACUCAAAAAUCUUUUGAACCUGUUUUCUCAGAAAUACUACUAUUUCUGGCAUAGACGAUUUUACAGCUAAUUAGAUAUCCUCAUUGAGCAGCAUGAAAAACACAAACUUUGUAGUGCUAUUUAAGCUACUCAAAACAAUAACCCCCCCUCUAUUGUGAGAGGAUGCCUUUUUUAUUCUCAAAUAAUGAAAGAACAGAUCUGUGGUGCUGGCAUCAAUCAGUAAGGCAAUUAGUCAUUCAAGAGGAUACAGUGUGCUCUUAGACCACUAUCACAUCUACAUAUCUUACCAAGAUUUCAUUCUCUGUCAUUAUUUCAAGCAAGAAGUGACAGAGAACAUGUGUUAUGGGCUAAAGCACGCAUAGUUGCAGAUUACUGGUACUUUUCUAAUAUGAUUUCUUUUAUCUUUUCAGUGAAGAGCCCCAUGUUCUAUUUCAACCAAUGCUGAUAUUUGGAAAUGUUUUAUACUGACCCACAAGUUCAGUGCAUAAUAGUAUACCUAAAGAUUUCAAUACACUCAAUAUGAUAUGAUUAGUUUCAGAAUAAAUAUGACAAAAAUACUUAUCUACAUCAUUCUUAUCAUGUCUGCUCUUCUAUAUUCUUAUUUUGUUUUCUCUUACAAGUAAAGUUAUUUUCCUUACACAAAUCCAUUGUAUCUUCUAGCUACAUGUACACACACACACACACACACACACACACACACACACACACAUUCAUACAUUAAGCAGGGCUAGUUAUUUGUAUUUCUGAAGCUUAACCUAUUCCGUCCGGUGCUGACCUGUACAAGGCACCUCUCUUGGAUUUCUUGCACAACUAUGUUUUAGCUUUUGUAAGUUCAACAUGUAAAUUUUAAAGACAUAAAUAUAGAGAGACUUAUGUAUUUGAAAUAUAAAUGAUAUAUAUGGAUUAGCAUGUAACUAUAUAUUAUUAAACAUGCAAUGAAAUGACUGGUAAGUGAAGUCUAAUCUUAUGACUAGCGAUGUAAUUUAUUCAGACCGUAUUUUUGUACAGAACUGUGCACACUAACCUAUUGCCUCUGUGUCCUCUUUAAAGCCUAAAACUGUGCCUAGAGAUUUCAUCUGUCUUUAAAAAAAAAAUUAAAUCUAUUUCAUGCUGUUAACAGUAUUAGUUUCUCUAUUGUUCUAUAUUUAUUUUGUUUAAAAAUAUGGUGUGUUUAUUACUUAAAUGUGAAUUCAUGGUCACUCAUUUUUUAAAAAAAUCAUCAAUGAGAAAAUUGUUUAUCAAUACUAUGGUUUUAGUUUGAAAAUACACAUCUAACUAAGCUUUUCACAACUUUUGUAGCUGACAUGAAUUUAUCCAUAUGGGAAAAAAUAAAAAUAAAAUUGAUCACAUAGAUAUCCUA